ACUCUUAAGCAUGGUGAUGGUUUCCACACGUAAAACUACAUUAGUUACUGUUGCCGCUCUUGCCCGCAGGAGAUACCUUUGUGCCCCUUUUCAUGGGCCAAGCCAUCGACGGCAUCGCAAUUCACAAGAACAUGAAGACCUUCACGGCAAGUUUAAUCAAAAUGGGAGUCCUCACCUUCGUAUGUGCUUUAUCCUCAGGGGUUCGAGCGGUAUCUUCACCCUCGUCUUCGCCCGAAUCAACAUCCGAAUCCGCAACAUGCUCUUCAGGUCUCUGCUGCAGCAAGACAUCGCCUUCUUCGAUGCCAAUCACACAGGCGACAUCACGUCUCGGCUGACGUCUGACACCACGGUGGUGAGCGACAUGCUGUCACACAACGGCAGCCUGUUCCUGCAGAGCGUGGUCAGGGGGCUGGGCGUCUGUGUUUUCAUGGUGGUUCUGUCCUGGCAGCUCUCUCUCGUCACCUUCAUGGGAUUUCCCAUCAUGAUCCUGUCCUCCGAAAUCUAUGGCAAGUAUUGCAAGAACCUGGCGGCACAGGUGCAGGACGUCCUGGCCAAAGCCAACAACCUGGCUGAGGAGACCAUCUCCUCCAUGAAGACGGUGCGGAGCUUCGGGACCGAGGAGACCGAGUGCCGGGAAUACUGCCGCAGGAUGCAGGACGUGUACACCCUGAACAGGAAGGAGGCCAUGGCCUUCUCCUUCUUCACCUGGUCUGGCCGUUUGGUCCAGAUCAGCGUCCAGAUCUGCAUCCUGUAUUAUGGCGGUUUCCUGGUCUUAGCCAAACACAUGACUCCCGGCAACCUCAUCUCCUUCAUCAUCUAUGAGCUGCAGUUGGGCGAUUGCUUGGAGAACCUGGGCACUGUCUACACUGGCUUGAUGCAAGGGACCGGAGCUGCUGAGAAAAUCUUCCAGUACAUGGAUCAGGAGUCGUGUGGAACGCUGAAUGAGGGAACGCUGGCCCCAGACAUGCUGAAGGGAGAGAUUACCUUCAGUAAUGUCUCCUUCGCCUACCCCACCCGGCCCCACACACAGGUCCUCAAGGACGUGUGCUUCACGCUUAGCCCUGGGGAGGUGACGGCACUGGUCGGCCCCUCGGGCAGUGGCAAGAGCUCGUGUGUGCAUCUGAUGGAACGUUUCUACAGCCCGCAGGCCGGGGAGGUGCUGCUGGACGGCCUCCCCCUCCCCAAAUACCAGUCCCAGUACCUGCACUCCCAGGUGACUCUGGUGGGCCAGGAGCCCGUCCUGUUUGCCCGUCCGAUACACGAGAACAUCGCGUACGGCCUGGCAGACUGCCCCGUGGACAUGAUGGUGUGGGCGGCAAAGACCGCCAACGCACACGGCUUCAUCACAGAACUGACGGACGGUUACGGCACAGAGACGGGAGAGAAGGGGGCGCAGCUGUCGGGGGGGCAGAAGCAGCGAGUGGCCAUUGCCCGGGCCCUGGUCCGUAGCCCCCGAAUCCUGCUGCUGGACGAAGCCACGAGCGCACUGGAUGCUGAGAGUGACCACAAGAUCCAGCAAGCUCUCUGCAGCAUAAAGGAGAACUGCACUGUGCUGAUUGUGGCCCAUCGGCUCAGCACUGUGAAGAACGCAGACAAGAUCAUCGUGCUGCAGGACGGGACAGUGGUGGAGGAGGGCAAACACGAGGAGCUGAUGAGGAGGGAGGGUCUCUACGCCAGGCUUGUGCACCGACAGCUGUUAGACAUCAAGUCGGGGGGGAAGAGACCUCUGGCGGAGCACCUCCACAGGAUCGCGAGCGAGAGAGCGGCUCGCAGCUCUGGGGCCAGCGAGGAUCUGGGAAUCGGCAUCGACUGAUCAUCACGAGAGGCUGGGGGGCUCACUCCCUCGCUGGCCAACUGCAGCUACAACAGCAACACCAACUUACAAUUAUAUAUAGCGUCCCUC